AUGUGCACCCGUGCCUCCCGGCGAUGCUCAUCGGAUCUGAUAGAGGCAUCUCCAGACUGGAUCUUAUCUGAUAUACUUAAAAUGGACACCACGGCGGCUGGAAAUUCCGAGAUUGCGCCAAUGGUGAAUCUAGAUGCACCGGUCCAGACCGGGUCUCCAGAGAUUGCAGCAGCUCCAGAACCCGUCAAUUCAGAGCAUGCAGUUGAGUCUGCUCAGAACAUAAGUCCUGAAAAAUCGGACUUGGCGGGAGCUGAAAAUGGCGAUAAUACUGCUCAAACAAAGGGAGAUGGUCUAGAAUCUCUGGAGCUGAAAAUGACCCCUCAGGACCCAUCACCGGCUGAGACAGAAGGCUCAUCGAAACCCACAGAGGACACAAUAAACGACUUUAUCAGCGGAAACGCCAAACCUGAUGAUAUCGGCUCUUUCCUGGAUGACGACAUAUCAAUUGAAGAAUCUGACCUGGAGCCAUCAAACCCAGGCGAGAAUGCGAAGUCUCUCGAUAUCAUAAUUGAUACCGAGGGCGACAAAACUGACAAACAAGCACCAGUAAAUGACGAAGACUCCGAUUCCGAGUCAUCGUCGUCUUCGUCUUCGGACUCGGAUUCUGAGAGCGAUGGCUCAGAUGAUUCUGAUGAGGAAGACGGUGCAGAGGUCGAUAUCGAUGAAGGCCUAGACUUGGAAGAGGAAGAUACAGUCACUGGACCCAUCAUUUCGAAAAACGAGAUCAAAGAGGAGGCGCCAACGCUUCCCGACGACUAUGAAGUCCCUGCUAAUGCUCCCUUGGAGUACGUUGGCGAUGUCAUUGGUCUUGUUGAGCAGAGUGUGAUCAUUCGCGCCAAUACUUCCGGAGAGUUCAGAGUUCUCAAAGAGAACUCAAUUUUGUGCUUCGAAGACAGACUGCUUCUUGGCCCUCUUUAUGAAGUCUUUGGAAGACUCCAGGCACCCAACUAUAGAGUCAAAUUCAACUCCGAUGAAGAACUUCAAAAGCACAAAGAUAAGAAAAAGUGCAAGGUUUUCUAUGUGGUUCCGGAAUCGCAGUUUGUAUACACUGACAGCAUCAAGAAGCUCAAAGGAACAGAUGCAAGUAAUUGCCACGAUGAGGAGCUUCCAGAGGAAGAGCAGGACUUUUCCGAUGACGAGCGAGAGCUAGAGGCCAAGCAAGCAAAGCUGCGUAAAAAGAAGCAAAAUAAGGCUGCUAGCCUCGAAAAGGGCGAGAGCUCACAUAAGAGUGGUCCUCCGAAUAAGAAGCAUGCUUCUGCUCAAGCGCAAAACACUUUUACCUCUUAUGGCUUCAAUCAAGGUCAACCUACGACACAAAGUGCACCACACCAAAACAUACCCAUGCCUCGCAACCCACCGCCAGUCGUUCAGGGACAACAAGGAUCGUUGGAUUACAGUUCUGGUGCUACAAAACCUGCUCCGCAAAUUCAACCAGAGCAGACUCAGCAACUGAGCGCUUAUCCCUCAAAUCCAUACGGUGUACCAUUCAACCAAGUUCAGGCCUCAUAUGCUCAGAAUUAUGGCCAAAACUAUCCACAGCCCAACAUGCAAGUUCAGCAAGGUAUGUGGAAUCAAAACCAGUACGCCCAGGUUCCUCAAGGAGUACAGAUGCCUUACAAUCAGCAACAGUUUGCCUACAACAAUCAAAUGUAUCAACAGCCUCAGCAACAAUUCUACCCCAACCAGUAUUACGCUCCUAAUCACCACCCAUCAAACCAACAUUACAUGCAAAAUAUGAGCGGAACACAACCAAAUUUGGUCCACCAGAGUAGCGCUGGUCAACCAAUCAAUCAAUACCAAUACUAUGGCCAAGCCGCUCCGCAGCAAUAUGGCCAAGCACAAAACGUACAGAAUCAAAACGCACAAAUGUACCCACAGAUGCAACAGCCUCAAACGCAAAAGGCUCCAGAACAAAACAAUGCAGCUCUCAAACAACUUCAACAAUUGGUGGCUAGUAAGUUGAACGGAGAGCAGCAAAAAGAGUAG